AUGCUCGGUCACACCUCCGGUGCUCCACAAACUAAUUUGAAAUCCUCCCCAGGAGAGGAUUUUGCCGGAAUUCCACUAGACGUACUUCGAAGCCGACUUCGAAAGCACAGAUCAUCUAUCAAAUUACGAGAUGAUCAGAUCGAGGCUCUUCUCAGAGAAGCCGACAAAAACGGUGACGAACGUAUUACGGUCGAGGAAUUCGAGGAAUUGGUCACUUCGACGAAAGCUCAGUCGUCACAAGUGAAGCGGGCUCUCUAUUUGAUAGCUGAUCAAGUGAUUACUCCUCAGCAACGGAUAGAAGUCCAUUCAUAUAUCGACGAAUACAGUUGCUAUCCUCCUCCGUUGUUCAUCCUCUUCAUAACACUUGUCGAGAUAGCAGUAUUCUUCCACUAUUACUAUACGGAGUCCAUACCGCCCAACGAGGAUAUUUUCACAUUCUGUGCCGGCUGCUACGUCGACAAUCACAUAGGCCCCCUACUAUUCGCCCCUAAAUUAAGAGCUCAAGUCUGGCGGUUUCUCACCUACGCCCUUCUUCAUGCUGGGUUGAACUGGGCUGAAAUGCCGUAUCGAUGGGUGCGGCUGACGCUGAUUUCCAUCUUUCUCACGUUUGACAUCGGAAGUGCCAUUAUUCCGUCGCAUUUGUUCAGACGAAUGCGAGACGGUAACUUCUUUCGUCUCACAUUCGGUCAACAUCGCAGGCACGGAUAUGCACCGGUUUUGUUUCGGUGUGGUCAUUCUCUACAAUAUUGUGGUAUGUAA